CUCCCCUCCCACCGGAAGUGCGUCACGGCCACUUCCGGCGCGGCGGCUCCAAGAUGGCGGCGCUGGCGCUGAGGGCUUUGGGGCGCCGCUGCCUCCUGACCCCGCUGGGGCCCGGCCCCGCCCUGCGCCACGUGAUCCCGAUGGGAACCACGGCCCGGGAGGAGAUGAGGCGUUUUUGGGAGAAGAAUUCCCGCUCCAACCGACCCUUGUCCCCUCAUGUCACCAUCUACAAGUGGUCGCUGCCCAUGGCCAUGUCCAUCACCCACCGCGGCACCGGCGUCGCCCUCAGCCUGGGUGUGUCGGUGUUUGCCGUGGCCGCGCUGCUGCUCCCGGAGCACUUUCCCCAUUACCUGGCGCAGCUGCGGGCGCUGGGCCCGGCUCCGCUCCUGCUCUUCCUGGCCAAGUUCUCCCUGGCUGCUCCCUUCUCCUACCACACCUGGAACGGGAUCCGGCACCUGGCCUGGGAUCUUGGGAAGGGGCUGCGGCUGCCGCAGGUGACCCAGUCAGGGCUGCUGGUGCUGGCCCUGACCCUGCUCUCCUCCGCUGCCUUGGCCUCCCUGUGACCCGGAAUCCCGGGAAUUCCAGGAAUCCCGGGAAUCCCGGCAAUUCCGCUCCCCGUUGUCACAGAGUUUUGGGAAGUUUUUGGGGAAGGUGACGCUUCUUUCCCCCUCCCCAUCCUGAAAUGCCGGGAUGAGCAGAGCUGCUCCUGCUGCCCCACCCCCUGCUCCUUGUCCUCGGGGUGUCCCCACGUGUCCCCAAAGCUGGGACAAUGCGGGAUCUGUGUGCCACGAGUGGGAUCGGGAAUGGGGUGGCCGCGUGUGGGAUCGCAGCGGGACAAGGAGCUCCAUUGAGCCGCGCCAGGCGGUGCCCCCCGGGGGUGGGGGACAGGUGACAUCUCGCUGCCACCCCCGCUGCCACCCUCGGGGCUCCUCGAUCCCAUGGGAAUUCCAUGCUUCAGCUGAUUUUUGUGGGGGGAAAAAUCGGUAAUUUUGGAGCCCCUGCCGGUGAAAAAACUUCCCGGUUUUCCCCCCGUCGGGGAUUUUUCCCAGCGUGUUGUUGUCACCUGUCCCCCUCUGGAAUAAAGCAGCUCUGAUCCUCCA